AUGACACAAUCAACAAGUGAAACUUACAAGUAUCUCAUUUUGGACAUUGCUGAAAUUGAAACCUUCGUUCGAUUGUGUGAAAAAGGCAGACUUCCAAUAGACUUGAUACUUGACAAAACUGAUGAAAAAAUUGAAAAAGUAAUUGAAAUAAAAUUCAAAAUGGCUAGAGGAAGUGACAUAAAGGAAGACGAAGAGAAAGAAGUUCAGCAAUUAUUCAAAAGAUUAGUUCAAAUUAAGGAUGGUAAUCCUGAGAGAUGGAAUAGAUACACACCCGAGGGAAAUAUGACUGCAUGCGGUACUGACUAUUUGUCCAAUGAUGUAUACUGUUACUACUUCAUCCUUAAAGCUGUUGCUGCACAUAAAAAGAAUAUGCGUGAACAGGUAAAGAAGAUGAUUGUUGAAUAA